UAUACAAACAAAUAGUGCGUGGUUAACCAAAAUAAGUCUCUCUGUACUGUUUAUUAACUUGUGAAUUUUAUUCUGAAAUAAAUCUUGUGAAUAUGGAGGAAACUAUCACUAACGAACUGAGCAAGUACAGCUUGGUGGUGACCCCCUCGGAGGAAGAAACACAAGAGCGCAAUAGUCGUCCCGCCGCAGGAAUUGAGGCGGUGGUACCCGAGAGGAAAAGCGGGGAAAAGCAAAUGUUAAAGGUGGCUCGCUACAUGAACACCUACCGGCUUGAGGCCAAGCGGCCCUUCAAUGCAGAGAGCGUGAGGCCAUUGCUGAGAGAGAUCCUCACACCGGGACCUGGCAGAGGCCCACUACGAGCCCAACAACAUCAGCAAGUUGGGGGUCAAACAUCGCGGGCGAGAUCCGUUCCAAGGUCAAACAGCUCAACUUCGACAGAUACAAGAUAGUCUGCUUGGUACAGAUAGUUGAGAAACAUCAACAGAGCGUAACUGUCUACUGCCAAGUUUCUCUGGGACGCCGAUAGGGACCGUUAUGCUGUCUUUAGUCUAAACAACGCUCAUCUAGCUGCCAUGGCCUGUGUGUGUUCGGCAUAUAUUACGAGUAAUGUGUCUGU